AUGAGCUCCAAAGAGAUACAAAGAGAUGCGACUGUAACAGUAGAUAUCCAAGAGUGGUUUGACAUUCAAUCUCCGAAAAUGUCAAACGAUGCUACUCCGAUAGGUUACAAACUACGAUUUUUGGCGCCACGUCUAUAUUUAUUCGACGGCUUCUGGAUUUUCUUUAGAGAGUGUCACAUGAAGUCGCGUAAGGUGCGAUGCCUAAGACAAACUACAGAUCUGGGUGCCUCUUCAGAUUCUGAGGAAGAUCAUCUCGAAGAUUCUACUGCACCAGUUGUUGCGGACUCUACGGUGGUUGUGGAAGCAAUAAGAGAAUUGCAAAAACUAAGGAAACGACCAGCUGGAGUAAGCUUGUCUGCACUAGCCACUGGUAAAGAAGUUCCAGAUAUCAAUCUAACAAUCGCCAACGACCCAUUUAGACUUAAGACUGGUGGUCUAGUUGACCUAAACAGUAUAUCAUCAGCCAAACAAUCCGAAGAGGACGAUGACGUUGAAGCUCGUUUAGCCAAAACAUUCACCACAGAAACUAAUAAGAGAGAUGAAGACGCCGAAAUGAUCAAGUACAUUGAGGAGGAAGUAGCCAAACGAAAGGGAUUAAUUAAACCCUCUACCUUAGACCGAGAUGAGGAUUCAGACCUACUACAGGAUGUUCCUGAGUAUCUCAAACCUUCAAUUGGUCAACAGAAAGAAGACAUGUUGUCCAACCAAAUGCUAUGCGGUAUUCCUGAAGUCGAUUUGGGUGUGGAAGCGAAAAUGAAAAACAUAGAAGCCACAGAAGAAGCCAAGCAAACACUUUUUAGGAAAAGGUUAGGUCGCAAACAUGGUUAUUCAACAAAUCACAUAGCACCAACUAGUAUGGCAGUCAACUUCGUUCAGCAUAGUCGGUGGAGUGAGUUAUUGUUUGCUGUCUAUUCAUGUGUAGCUUCCAGAUUUAUUUGUCCAUAUUUCACAGAACAUAUAAAGUAUGAUACAGUGAGAUAUUCCGUAUUACCAACAUUUAUACUAUAGUCAAUCUGAUUGUUUUUGCCACGUUCUCUUCAUGUGUCGUUUAAUUUGUAUACAUCAAAGGUUUAUAUUAGAAAACGUAUGGAGUUAAGUUGUAGUGAACGAGAACUUAGGUGGGAGAAACCAAUUUAUUGCUUAAUGCAAAAUUACAGUGUUUUCUUAAAAUACGGAAACCAUAAAUUAAAUACAUUAUUUAUACAUCUUUCACUUGUCUUUUACAUGCUUCGUGAUUCUUUCAAUUAUGUUAUUACAAUUGCUCUGUGUUUAUAUUCUUGUUCUCUUCAAUGCAAUCUGUGGCUGCCAGGCAUUCCACUUCUGAUUGGUGUUGCAUACUACUUAUAUCUGUCAACAUAAGUAGCAUACACCACAAGGUGAAUAGUAGCCUAGUUUUCGUUGUUGUGUGCUAGUAAAAAGAAAAAAGGAAAGUGUAUUACCACCAAAGUUAAGGAGUAUUAAUUUAUCGAGGUGGCUAAGUAGGUGAAAUAUCACUUCUGUGAAAACUUCUGGUCGUCAUUAGGUAACACAUGUUUCGUGGAUCACAACAUGGCGACGUCUUCUUUUAUUAGCGGCCAGAUAGUUUGCAUUGUAUCAGUUCACUAAGUUAUCGUUAUUUGGAUGCCUUAGUUUUUAAUAUUUCGGGUGCCCACUGCGUGCACCUGAAACUGGUCUGUACGCUAUACUCAACAAUACACACGAUAUUUAAUUUCAAGUCUAAAAUUAUCAUUGGCUUGGUCGUUUGAGCGGUGGCUUAAUGGUUAAGACGUUCUACUUUCAUCCCCUAAACCUUAAGUUCAAACCUCAUUUCGCUUACUUUUAUUUGGACAACCAGGUAGUACCAUUAGUUCUCACACCUGAAAUAUGCCUCAUACUGAAGUACCUGAUAAAUGAAUUAAUUAGAAAUUUGAAAACUAUUUUAAUUAUUUUAUCAUAAACCUUCUGAUAGAGAUAUAGAUGUUCAAGCUUUUCAUUUUUACGGCUGAGUCAAAUAAUUCAAUUUAGUCGUUGAACUGUUUAACCUAACUAUCGAUUCACGGUAUCGAUUUUAUUCCUAAUACUUUUAUGUGCUCUGGUGGGUGACAUCAACAACUUUUACACUGUUUCAGGUUCAUAGUUUAAUAUUCAAAUUUAUUGACUGCUUCUGAUGCUAAGUUUGUAUUAAUAAAACAACUAUAUUAGUCCAAAUGGUAUUUAAAGCUGUUAUAUGAUUGAUUCUUGAUUCAAAGUAAUUCCAGGAGUUUGGUUUAUUACCUGUCUACUCGAAAUCAUUUGAGUCAGCCUAAAAUCAUACCAAGAUUCCAUUUGUUAAGGUUGAAAAUGGUACGAUCUCAUAAAAAAUAUACGUUGAUUUUUACUAAAAGAACUGGUUGUGACUUUAAUUUUCAUGGUAUUGAAAGUAUAGAUGAUAUUGGAAUUCUCUAAUUUCUUUGUAGAUCACAAAAUCCUUGUUAAGAUCCCCAAUAAAUUCAAUAAUAUUUAUUUUAAUUAUUACGCUCAUUUGUGGGACACUUCACUUAUUUGUUUAAGCUGUCAAAAAUGUAUUGCCCAUACUAGUGUUUAUAAAGUAUGAAUCAACAAAUGUUUCCUGUUUUCCUUACAAAUUUUCAUUUUAAAAAUAUAGAUAGUUACACAAAUGGAGUCAGCAAAAGAGCUGAUUUGAACAAUGAACGAGAACUCAACCACAUAGCCAAUAAUAAUACAAGCAAACUAGAAUCAACAAAAAAUGAUCCGAUGUCUUCUGAAAGGGAAAAUCGUCGUUUAGAUAGUAAGUUUAUCGAAAUUCAUCUUCUUUUUCUUACUUAUCGUUGAUAUAGACUAGAAACAAAAGGUUGUAGUUUAGUGAAAUUCUGAAUAAAUUUAAUCUAGCUCAGUUUAGUAGCUUACUUUAAUCACAAAUUGACUUUGGUUUGGGUACCAUUAAAAAAUAGGAAGCACUGGACAGCUGUUUCAUUCCUCGACAAUUCGUAUAUACAAGCCCACCAGGAAUAGUAUCCUGAACUUUCAGGUCUGGCGAAAACCCAACCACUCAAACUACUGUGUCGUGAAUCGAGUCCAGGACCUUCGGUCCCGCGUGCAAACACUUAAGCUCAGUUUGACGUCUAGCCAUAAACUUCAUGUAAUUUUUUCCCAAAAGCAACACUUGUUGGAUCAUUAAAUUAAGUGUUUCCAUCCAAGGCUUGAUAAUUAACUUUUUAAUUGUUAGAUCUCAUUAAAAUCUACAAUAUAGAUUUUAUUGCUUUCGUAUUUAUAUAUAUUUUUUUGCAGAAAGCCGACCACAUAUUCGUAACGAAAAAUCCACAGACAACAUUGCACUUCAACGAUUUAAAAAUUAUAUGCGCGAUAAAAGACGUCGGUGAUGAUUUUAUUCCUUCUUAUUUUUUUAUCUUGACAGGAUAAUGUUUCCUUCUCUUUUUAAAUGAUAUUAUGUUUUGAGUUAUAUUGUAUGGUGCAAAUGUACAUUGUAAAUAUGAUUUAUUACUAUUAUUAUGACUGUUACUAUCGUGUUUGCUUAAUAUUCGUUUCCUAAAAUGUGCUCAGUUGUGAAGUAACUGAUUUAAUAUGGUAUCAAUCAUUGUGUUUAUUAGCUUAACGAUAGUAUCAUCUAAGGUAAUUAAGAACUAUUAUUCUAAUGAUCUCAUAGAAUAUUGGUUACAAUAAGGGCUUUAGAAAAUAAAUCUGGCUCACCGUUUUUGAUGCA